AUGGCUCAAAUUCGGACCCAAGCUCCAAUAGCAGCCGACCCUUCGAAAGAACGAGCUGUCUCGUCUGAGCCCCCCUGCUCAACCCGCCCUAAUCCCUUCGACGACGGCGAACUUUCCUCUCGGAAGCGGCGACGUACAUCUCUGGCCAGCGAGUCACCAAGCCAGUCCGUCGACACAGUGCGUUCUUCCCCGAGGUUGCCCGCGACGGGGACGCCGGGGCCAGAACUGAGGGGCGAUUCUGUCAUGAAGAUCGAUACGGAAUACGUCAUUCCCACCACGCCUGAGCAGAGGCCCCUCGACGCGGAGCCGUCUCCAGAACAGCGCUCCAGCCGCGUCACCAUAAAUGUCCGGACACCCUUGCGGCCACUCGAGCCGAUUCUUUCGUCCCCCCCAUCCCCGUGCCCAAACGGCUCUGGUUCAACCGCGUCUACAACAUCGACGAAUGCUGUCCGGACUAGUGUCGAGGAACCUGAGGCUGUCAUGCCGCCAAAUGAUGGCGUGGCGGACACCCCCGCCUCCUCGAGGUCGGCUAGCGGAAGUCCACCAGUCGAGGUCAUCUCGCUGAAUGGGGACGAUGACGGGGAUUUCGAGGAUGAGGAGCCUAUCACCAUUAUGGAUGCUCCAGGACGGUCUCUUAUCUACGAUCCGACAAUCAGUUUCCCAUUCCACGACGCGACAGAGUCAUACACAGAGACCGUUCUGAGGCUGUUACAGUAUCUGCCGACCCACGAACAAGUGUCCCGCGGCUUUGUUGAGUGGAUAGACAGAUAUCUCCUCUUUGUCAGGGCCGCUUCGCCUCGGGCCGUGGAGGACUCGUACUUCACACACCGGGACAUGUGGCAGCCGGUGUCCCAGUUGGUCAUGCACAUGGUGAACCGAAAAGUUGCCUACCCCCGGUCCAGGGACCUGCGACAAGACAUUUUCGCGUUUUACAGGUCAUUUUCCGAAUUGACUGCAUUCUUUAUCGAAUUUGACCUCAAGAUCUUACGGAGCACAGCCUUAUCCGACCAGGAACGUUUGCAGGCUCGUGCAUCGCCACACUAUGUUCAAGCACUCGCGGCACUAUUGCGCCGAGAGGAGGUGGCAGUCCACGCUUCUCACUUGCAGCGUGGGGAUGAGGAUUGGAGCUAUCCGGCGGAACUUGCAGCGAUGGUCGACCGUUUUCAGAAAUUUCCAGCGGUUCAAGGAGGCGGACUCGCACUCGUCAGGCAGCUCGCCCUAACCGAGCGUCGUCUCGUUUCCCAGUUUCCAAAGGAGGUCACCGACCACUUGGGGAACUUGUGUCUCAUCGCGGGAAACGUGUUGAAGUACGGCUUGCGCCGGACACACGGCCCUGCUACCGAGUUUGUACGGCACGGCAUGUCGCUCAACUAUGCCUUCUUCAACACCAUGAGCGCCAUGUUGUCGGACGUUAUCGAGAAGCACCUCAAUCGGGUCUCCUCGGACGGCGUGGCAAACCUCAUCGAGGGCCUAACAGAUAUAUAUGAGGCAUGUCUUGCCACGAGUGGCGUCGUCCCUACUGAAAUCAUCGCGCAGCACGUUAAAGAUCACCCGCCCGUCGCGGGUCACCUAAUUCCAGAGGCCAUGGCUUACCACUGGAAGUUCACACACUUUGUCAGACUUAUCAGGUCUGGACAGAUGCAGCUCCGCGUCAUGGCCGUGAGUACCAUGUGCAAUGACCUGGUUGGGAUCUAUCGCAUGAACCAGGAACCAAAUGGGACGGAGGCCGUUCUUACGCUGUGGAGCUACGUGGCCGACUUUUUGCUAAAGACCGGGCUGGUUAACUACAUCUUGGGCCCGAGCUGUCACCCGGAGAUCACACUUGAGAGCAGCAACGUCAUUGGCUUUCUGCUGAUCUCAAACACAUAUACGAAUGCGCACACGGACGCCCUCUGGCAGACGGUCACGUCGACGCAAGACCCCCGGGUAUCCGAUGCGUUACUUCGCAUGGUCGGCCGGAUAGCCAAUCUCUUUCCGCGCCCGGCCCUGACAUAUUUCUUCCAGAAGCUGAACACGGUGCCUGUGGAAGCCUUCGGCCCCACCAUGCGAGAGUUCUGCGACCACUUGCUGAAGCAAGCUCUGACGAAGUUCCCGGACACGCUUCACCACGACUUGGCCCCCUUUGAUCUGUGUAUUCGCCUGAUUCGGCAGUCGUCGUGCUUGGGGACGCAAUCCCCGGUAGCGCAUCCAGAUAUUCAGCAGUUCGGCAUUCAGAAGCUUGACGGCAUCCUGAACCACGGCCCCGGCGCCGAAGGCCGGUGGAAGAUCUACCGCGGUUGCUUGAAUGACAUAGCGCAACGGUCUCCGUGCACAAGGGGCAGCCUCUGGGUCCUGAAAAUGGCGACCCGCUUUUACCAUGUUCGAGAUCUGCGCGAGCUACUCGCCGAGCACGAUCUAACGAGGCUUUUGAUCGAAGAGCUCGAAAGUGCGAUCCCUGUCGCAAAGGCUGCAGGCUUCUCGGCUGUAAUCAGUGGGCCGGAGAACGGGCCCCGGAAGGAGCUUCUCAUGUCCAUGAUACUCCAUGAGCCCAAGUCGAUUAUGAGCAACCUUGGACCGAAGCUCUGGAACCUGCUUGUUGGUCCUGAAGCGGGUUGCAAAGAGGACCGUGACGUUGCAUGGCAGAUGCUAACCACGGCGAUGAAGCGGAGUCAGGGCGAGAAUGCGUUCACCUCGGCUUGUUUCGCAGAGUAUCUUCCCACGCUUGACCCUAAGCUCUUCUGCCAGGGUGCGCUGGAUUUCGUCCGGGAAGGGAUCAUGCCGCUGGUCAACGACCCGGCGAGCAUUGCGCUCGACGAAGACGACGGCAGUGCCAGCUGUUCCGGGAUUGAAUUGUUGUGGCGGAUUGCCCUGUAUGCACCGGCCGGCACGGUGGAACAGCGGGCCAUACAAACCUUGGUCAAAGAUGUCUACAUCGAAAGCCGGUCAGUCCAGUCCUUCUCGCCAUUCAGGGCUCGCAAAGUACACUUAGGUCUUGUUGGCCGAUGUCUCCGGCAACUAUCCUCGGCGGCUUCGAGGCUCAAAGCGUUCGCGGAUGGAAAUGAUAGCGUUGGCGACGACUCCAUGGUGAUAGUCGCCACGGACAGUCAGAUUCACGAGCAGGAGCUCCUCUUCAUCCGCUCCUUGGCCAUCUUGAGAGAGUUCCACCAACUGCAUCAGGCCAAGCCAGAGUUCUCCGCUCCGGAUAUGAGAUCUCUUAUUCUGGAGUCCCCGAAGGAGGUUGAAGGCGAGUCAGCCGAGCUGAAGUACCAGUCGUUUGACGGUGACAGGCAGACCACGGUCAUGCCCCUGAAUAUCGGCAAGCGCAACACCGCCGCCUCACUGCUGGCGAGUCUGAGGGAAGCCACAGGCUUCGAGAGUUACCGGAUCUACUACCGCGGGAGACCCUUUGUCCCCCAAGAAAGCGACAUCUGCAAAUCUCUCGAAGACCUCCAGAUCCACAACGGGAUCAUCCUUGUCAAGAAGGAAUCCGAGGCGCCUGCUUCACCAAAGAUUCGCAUAGGUGCGUCUCCGGUGGAAAUAGAGAUUCUGAGCCACUUUGAGGAGCUAUGGGAGUAUCUAUCUCUGGAAGAAAAGCUCGCUCGCGAGAUAUUUGGCUUCUUGGUGAAACUUCCCGCGGACGAGAAUCUUCUUCAAACGAUUGGCGACCCCGCUGUCUCCUACUUGGACACGUUCCCGCUCGGUCAGCCAUUCAAAUCACUGUAUGCGGUUCAUGCGCUACGAGAGUACCUGGGCUUCCACCGACCCAGGUCUGCAGUCAGUGAGCGAGCCCCGGGGCAGGGUGGAAGUCCAAGUCUGCGUAAAGACUGUCUGACUCGGGCGAUGUCCCUCGUUGUUCCUGCGCUCUCCGACCCGCAGGUUACCGGGCAAUGCCCCAAUCUUGAGCGACAGGUUGAGCUCGGUGCUGCCCUUGUGGACCUUCUCGUUUCUCUACUUAGAGAUCCCGAACUUCCGGUCUCAGCAGCCCAGUCUCUGGACAGCCAGUUGCUGGAUCGCCUCCUGGCUAUCCUGUCCCUGGCCACAUCGUCCGAUAUGCCGCAGGAUGCCACCAGGCAUGCUCCUCUCUGCCUCCACGCUAUCCUGGAGUCGUGCUCAUUGAGCGAAGUCUUCAUGUCGGCGUUCCGCGCCCAUCCGGAAGCCGCACGCUUGCUUGAGCACCUCCUGCACAACGAUCCCAGGGCCACCAUCAGGCAAGAUACCGCACUGCUCAUCCGGCAGAGAACUUGCCUGGUCAACGAGACCGGAAGUCUCCAAGAGGUGGACCAAACAAUCACAACCCUUCGAGACUUCCUCUGGCCACUAGUUUCACGGCUAGUCAGGCCAGCGAUUGGUGACGCAAGCCGUUCUGCAGAGGUCCUCGAUUUAUGCUUCGACAUGCUGCGGGCCCUCCAAGAAACGCAGUCUGAGAUCACUAAUCUCAAACAGCUCUCUGACGACUGGUUCGACGUGCUCCUUGGCUACACGACCACAGAGGAUCCCACUAAGCCUGCGAACACGGACCCAGUCGCAGCUGGUCUCAUCCGGCUUCUUCAUGCCAUCAUAUGCGCGACUGAUGAGACAGUCAGCCGGGAGAUCCUUCCGGAGAGCGGCGUUGCUAGGAAGAUAUUCUGGAAGCACCUCUUCCCGCCCCGCAACGAGACGGUGAGGGAAUACGAACCAAGCCACCCGAUUACCAGUCCUCAAACCCGCAGCUGGCUUCUGGAGAUCAUCUUCACUCUGGUGAAAGAUGAUCCAACGCAGUUCAUGUGGCUCCUUGAGGACAUGGACAACUUGGUGCCAGUCUAUCCCAAGGAAGAAGACUUAUACUCGUAUGAGCUUCCCCAGCAGUUCGAGAGGGCGAAAGCGGUCAGGGCUCCGUGCGGCUACCCGGGUCUGCGGAACUUAUCGAACACUUGCUACUUCAACUCCCUUCUCACCCAGCUCUUCAUGAACGUCGACUUCCGCCAGUUCAUGCUCCAAGCCACUGUCCGAGAUCGCGACUACACUCAGAAUCUGCUGUUUGAGACGCAAAAACUCUUUGCGUUCCUACAGGACAGUGUCCGGCACUUCAUUAGCCCUGAGGAGUGCGUCGCUAGCAUCAAGACGUACGAGGACACGCAGAUUGACGUCGUCGUCCAAAUGGAUGUUGACGAGUUUUACAAUCUGUUGUUCGACCGUUGGGAGGGACAGUUUCUCACAAGUGGAGAGAAGAACCUCUUUCGAUCCUUCUACGGCGGCCAGCUUGUGCAACAAGUCCGCUCUCAGGAGUGCGAGCACGUCUCCGAAAGGCUUGAGCCAUUUUCAGCCAUUCAGUGUGACAUCAAAGGAAAGAGCUCAUUGCAAGAGAGUUUGCAGGCAUACGUCGAUGGCGAAAUCAUGGAAGGCGAUAACAAGUACAAAUGCUCUACCUGUGACCGCCAUGUUGACGCUGUCAAGAGGGCUUGCCUCAAAGACAUUCCGGAUAACUUGAUCUUCCACCUGAAACGGUUCGAUUUCAACCUCCGGACCAUGCAGCGGAGUAAGAUCAACGACUACUUCGCCUUUCCUGACAAGAUCGACAUGCGGCCUUAUACGAUCGAUCACUUGAGCAAUCCUGGCGAAGAUCAGCCCGAGGACAUCUUCGAGCUGGUCGGCAUCCUUGUUCAUACCGGAACGGCUGAAUCCGGCCACUAUUACUCGUACAUUCGGGAACGGCCAACAGACCGCGAAGCGCCAACGUGGGUCGAAUUCAAUGAUGAGACGGUGACCACAUGGGAUCCGGCAUCGAUGGCGAACUCAUGCUUUGGUGGUCCGGAAUACCAGCCCCAGUUUGCCAGCAACGCGAUAUACGAGAAACAGUACAGCGCCUACAUGUUGUUCUAUCAGCGGGCAUCAUCCCUCGCCAAGAACCAGGCUUUGCUUCAGCGUUCCACGUCCCCGAUGCCUUUCCGUGUGAAGAUCCCGGACGACAUCCAAGAGUACAUCUUGGAGGAGAACGCGUGGUUGCUCCGGCGGCAUUGCCUGUUCGAUCCGUCGCAGAUCCAAUUCGUCUGCUUGGCUCUGUUUCAGCUGAAGAACCUGAACUCGGGCCGAUGUUCUCGGGACCAUGCCAUGGAGACGCAGGCCCUGACAAUGGCUCUCAGCCAUCUUGACCAGAUCGCGUCGCGAACAAAGGACGUUCCCGACUUCUACAAUCUCCUCACUCGGAUUCAAGCCAUGUGUGAGAGCUGCGCUCAGUGCGGCCUUGCUGUCUACGGCUAUUUCUCGCGCUACACGUUCGCGCUUCGAAUGCUACUGCAGAGGAACAUCGAUGAGGAUGUUCGGCAGGGGACAGCUAACUUCGUAAUUCAGAUCGUCCAGUGGCUCAAAGCACAGGUACCGGCGCAGUACGGUAUCCCAGCUCCGGAAGAAGGGGACGGAGAGGAUAUGGGCGAAGUCGACCCCGAGUCCUGCGUCAUCGCAGGCAUGGUUCGCAUCAUGGAGCAUCUAUGGCAGCAUUUCCAGGCCAACCUGCGGUCAUGGCCCGAAGUCUUCGACUUCAUGCUGUCUUUUGUCAAGCUAGGCCGCCACGAGCUAGCGGCUUUCCUGGGACAGCCAGAGUUCCUCAGGUGGCUAUUAUGGAUCGUGUGGGCGGACGCCAAUGCUGAGCCAUACCUGCCCAGCCAGUUUGCGAGAAUGGUCGCGGUCGUCUCCAGGAGGCUGCCCAAUCGUCCGCCGUCGUACGAGACGAUCAUUUCACUUCUCGAUUACCUCCUCGCCAAUAUACGGUUGACAUACAACGCGAACGGGCAGCCCACAGGAGCAAGUCAUCCUGCGGACCGCGUCAAGAGGGCCACCGACCCGGGCGAGCCAUUUGCCAUUACAAGAGCAGAGACCGACAUCAUUCACCAAAUGGGCCCUCGCACGAUCCCGGUCAAUAUCUUCAUCGACCGGCUCAUCUCGAUCGCCCAGAACCCGGCCGGAACCGACUCCAUAAUUGCUAACCUGAUGAAGCAAAGCGACCGGAUGGAAGUCUCGGUCUUCCAGACCCUCGUGCAUAGGAUCACGGGGCAAAUCGCCCACAACGUCACACCCUACCUGCGCGUGGCUGGGUCGGUAUUCUGCCGCCAGGCAAGGGACGCACGCCUAAUCGCCGAUCUGAUCAAGCACGUGUCGCAGCAGUGCUUAUCCUUGCAGAAUCCCGAAGGGAAGGCGUUUCUAGAAUUUGCACGAGAGACGUUUGAUGGCCCUCGAGAGCGGUCAAGAGAGACAGCGCACCAAGUGAUCAUGGCUGGUCUCGACGGUGUGCCCGACUGGGCGCCCGGGUUGCUGGGAUACUUUGACACGUCGAUCGUUGAGGAGACCGAGCUGUUUUUGCAGGAAAAGAUCUUCCAGCAUCGGAUCUCCCGGCUGCCCGGCGGCGAUGAGCUCAAGGAAGCACGAGAACUGGCCGAGAAGGUCAGACAAACAGCUAGGAUUUUGGGCAUUAGAUGUCUUUGGUACCUACGCGACAACUAUGUUGUCCGGAACGCGGAGGUGACGGAGCGGUCGAUCAGUGGCCUGCAGCGAGUCAUCAAGCAGUGCAGUAGGUAUUUCAACCUAAAGGAGCCGGUGGAAGAUGAACAGACUCAAGAGUAUAUCCAACUCAAUCAGAGUGUCAUGGAGUCAGUGGCGAGCCUCGUUGUCGUGGACGAACUGGAGGAAGACGGCUCGGGUAUGUAUUAUAGCGACGACUCGAGCAUCGCGUCCAGCAUCACCGCCGGCUGA